AUGUAUCCUGCUUUUAUCUUUCUUACAGGUGCCCCGAUGAACACUGCUGUCAUCACUGUACCGAGCCAUUUUACCCAGUCCGAUCGUCUUGCUAUUCUACGCGUCGCCGAGCUUGCCGGUAUCGAGGUUUUGCAACUAAUGAACAGCAAUUCCGCGGUGGCUCUUAAUUACGGCGUUUUUCGUCACAAGUCUUUUGAUGCCAACGCCCAGCACUUCAUGUUUUUUGACGUUGGCUACAUCGGAACCACAGCAACCGUUGUCUCUUACAAGUUGGCUAAAAGUCGUGAGGGUGACAUCUUGCAAGAAAAUCCACACAUGUUUGUCCUAGGCGUAGGAAGUCUAUCACAAGAGAGCAGAAUGCUUUUUGGAGGUUUCGCUCUGAUUCUUUUCACGGCCGUACCCACUCCCAACAAAUACAUUCGACUGAAGAUCUCGUUUGUCGUUAACUGCAGGAGGUUACCCGAACAGUCUGGGAUUUGCAAAAAAGGCCUUGCCGUUUUGUCGCCGACUUGUCGAGACGUACAAUUGGGCACUGAUUCAUCUUCCAUUCUCUGGUACCAAGUCAAAUAA